UGUCAUGAAGUUCAAUCUGUUUAGAACUUCAUUACCCAUCAUCGCCGCAGUGAUUGAACGCGUCACUGAACCAACAUGGCGGCGACUAGGGCACUCGUAAGAGGUGUCCGAUUGGGCACAUAUAGCCUUGGUAGAAGUCGCAGUUUAAUAUUUAACAGUGUACAGAGACGAGGAAUAUCAGCGUGCAUUGAUCCCUCUAUAGGUCUCACAGAUGAACAGAAAGAGUUUCAGAAGGUGGCAUUUGACUUUGCUGCCAACGAGAUGGCACCACAUAUGGCAGAAUGGGACCAAAAGGAAAUGUUCCCUGUGGAGGCCAUGAGGAAAGCCGCCCAGUUGGGAUUUGGUGGGAUUUACGUGAACCCUGAUGUUGGGGGCUCUGGACUCUCUCGUCUGGACACCUCUAUCAUAUUUGAGGCUUUAUCCACAGGCUGUGUCAGCACUACCGCUUAUAUUAGUAUUCACAACAUGUGCGCCUGGAUGAUAGACACAUUUGGAAACAAGGAGCAGAGGGAGAAAUACUGUCCUGAUCUCUGCUCUAUGCAGAAAUUUGCCUCAUACUGUCUCACAGAACCUGGUAGCGGGAGUGAUGCUGCUUCACUUAUAACCAGCGCAAAGCUCCAAGGAGAUCAUUAUAUUCUGAAUGGCUCCAAGGCGUUCAUUAGUGGAGGUGGAGACACAGAUGUUUAUGUGGUCAUGUGCAGGACAGGUGGGAAGGGACCUAAGGGGAUCUCCUGCCUGGUGGUUGAAAAAGGAACUCCUGGACUCAGCUUUGGCAAAAAAGAGAAGAAGGUAGGUUGGAACUCACAGCCAACCCGAGCUGUGAUAUUUGAGGACUGUGCUGUCCCAGUGACCAAUCGGCUUGGAGCAGAGGGGGAGGGCUUCAGCAUUGCCAUGAAAGGCCUUAAUGGAGGCAGAAUUAAUAUUGCUUCUUGCUCUCUUGGAGCAGCUCAUGCAUCUGUGCUUCUGGCUCGAGAUCACAUGUGUGUGCGUAAACAGUUUGGAGAAACACUAUCGAACAGCCAGUUCCUGCAGUUUAAGCUGGCUGAGAUGGCCACUAAGCUGGUCGCCUCUCGGCUGCUGGUGCGUCAGGCGGCGUUGGCUCUGCAGGAGGGGCGACCAGACGCCGUCUCGCUCUGCUCGAUGGCCAAGCUCUUCGUGACAGAUGAAUGUUUUUCAAUAUGUAACCAGGCCUUACAGAUACAUGGAGGUUAUGGUUACCUAAAGGACUAUGCAGUGCAGCAGUACGUCAGAGACAUUAGAGUACAUCAGAUAUUGGAGGGUACAAAUGAAGUGAUGAGGAUGAUCAUUGCGAGAAGUUUGCUCACUGAAUCAUGAUGUUCAUGAAUGCAAUGGAUUUAUAUAUGUAUAUCUCCCAUACGUGACUAUAGAGAUUACUGAUCUUUCACACUCCAGUAUCUGUUGAUUUUGAUUAUGAGCUGUCAACAGUAUUUUAUGGAGAAUGUUCAGAAAGUUUAUGCCUUAAACACAUGAAUUAGUAAAUACAGAUUACAGUGUUUAUUAUAAUAACACACUGAGAAAUUUAGUUUGUUUGGGGGUAAAAAUUCUGGCAGGUUACAAGACGAUAUUUGAAGAGAAAACACUGGCACAAUGUCAAAGCUUAAAGGAUUAGUUCACUUUCAAAUGAAAAUUACCCCGAGCUUUACUCAACUUCAAGCCAUCUUAGGUGUAUAUGAUUUUCUUGUUUCUGACGAAGACAAUCAGAGAAAUAUUAAUAAAUAUCCUGACGCA